GAGUUAAUUGCGUGGUCACCGUUCAAUGAUAAUAUAGUACUAGUCCCAUAGUAUUGUACUCCGGUUGCUAUAUCAUCUCUGAAACCGACAUGGAACGCUGGGUAGGUCGCGUCGCAUUGGUGACUGGCGCUUCUUCGGGGUUCGGGGAAGCGAUUGCAAGGCGUCUGGCAGAGUGUGGAAUGAAAGUAAUAGGAUGCGCACGGAAUGUGGAGAAAAUUCGGGUCUUAGCCGAAAGUUUGAAACAUGCAAGGGGUACAUUGGAAGCCAUUACGUGUGACGUCGCGAAAGAGGACGAGAUUAUCGCGAUGUUUAGCGAGAUCAAGAACAAAUAUGGCGGUGUAGACGUUUGUGUCAACAAUGCAGGACUGUCCCACAAUGCACCGCUAUUGUCAGGGGAAACGGAACAAUGGCGGAACAUGUUUGAGGUAAACGUGAUAGGGCUGCUGGUGUGCUCGAGGGAAGCAUUCAAGUCCAUGCAAGAGAGAGAAGUUGAUGAUGGACACAUCUUCCUCAUGAACAGUAUGUCAGGACACAGGCUGGUACCCAACUCCCCCGGAAUCCACUGUUAUGCCGCCACAAAGUUUGCUGUCAGAGCCAUUACUGAGGGGCUGAGAAACGAGCUUUUGGCGGCCAAAACCCAUAUACGAGUGACAUCCAUAAGUCCAGGACUUGCGAAGACAGAGUUCAUGUACCGCCAUCUACAAGACUCUUCGCUCGCAGACCAAGUGUACUCACGGUUUGAGACAAUGACUGCAGAAGACAUCACGGACAGUCUGAUCUAUGCCCUGUCUGCCCCACCUAGAGUUCAGGUCCACGAUAUACUUAUACGACCAACUGAGGGGACGACUUAACAUACGGAUGCAGUAAACUACAUUUUAAUUAUAAUCUACAUGCAGUAUAUUAUAAUGAUGUUGCAAUAUCAUUUCCGUACUUGCCCUCUAUAGUGGUGUGUUCUAAAUAUGUGAUUUUUCUAUUAUCUGUAAUUAAUUUUUCGCCAGUCGGCAGUCUGCUGUAUAAAUGUUAUCAAAUAUGCGAAUAAUAAAUUAAGUAUUCUAAA